UUGAAGGCAAACUUUGUAUCGCUCCCCAAGAAAUAUUCAUUUGACUUUCUAAUGUUUUGCUUGCGAAAUCCUCGCCCAUGCCCCCUGUUGGCCGUACUUUCGUUCUCUUGCAUUGAAAUAGCUAGAGACGCCAACAUCUGCACUGUGAGUCUUGCUGACAUCCCGUUGUAUCGUGUCUUCAAGGACGGGAAGAUGACGGAGCAAGAGAGCAUCGAAGAAUAUCAAGAGAACAAGCUGGUGUCGUUCCUACUUGGAUGCUCCUUCUCAUGGGAGGGGAUGCUCACGGAGGCAGGAACGACUCUGAGCAUUUCUUCCCAUCGCAACGUCCCCAUGUACAUAACCAACAUCCCAAACCGUACAUCCGGGCCUUUCGGAGGCUUCUUAGUUGUGAGCAUGCGGCCGUAUCGCCCGGAACAAGUACCACAAGUAGCUGCCAUCACGAGCAGGUUCCCAGGUGCUCAUGGCGGCCCGAUCCACUCCGGUGACCCGGACAAGAUCGGCAUUUCUCCCGACCGUCUCGGCCAGCCUGACUUUGGCGAUGCCGUGACAAUCCGAGACGGGGAGCUGCCAGUAUUCUGGGCAUGCGGCGUCACCCCGCAGACUGCAAUCAUGGCGGCCGCCCUCCCGCUCGUCAUCACACACUCGCCCGGACACAUGUUCGUGACGGACAUCCUCAUCGAGGAGAUGGAUAUUCAACAGUGUAGCACAUAA